AUGAAGUUCUCCAAAAACAUGAUUUCAAAUCUACUAGCGAUCGCCGUACCAUUUUUUUUGGCCACCGUGGUUAAUGCUGACGAUUGUCAAUUAAUUGACGGUAAUUAUUAUUGCUCCGAAACUGAAGCUGUUGUUUUCAGCAAUGUUGGUUAUUCAGGUUCAUAUUCAGAUGUAACUUCUAUGGAUGAAACAUCAUGUGCAUGUACCCAAAGUGAAGUUACUUUUAGUGGUAGUAAUUCCCCAUUUGACCAAGAAUUAUCUGUUCAUUUUAGAGGUCCUUUAAAAUUAGUUCAGUUUGGUGUUUAUUAUCCAGCAAGUUCUUCUGUUUCAAAGAAAAAAAGAGAAGAGGACCAAACUCAAGAAUGUAGUACUGUUGUCUUUCAUCAUGACCAUGGUAACAAGAGAGAUGUUGUUACCGACAUUGUUGAAGUUAUGCACACCGUCUAUGUUGAUGGCGAUGGUAAUCUUAUUACAGAUAGUACUGCUGUUACUACUGCUGUUUCAACAUCUGAUACUACUGGUAAUACCGUAGGGGUCACUACCACUUUAGUUCAGGACGAUGCUGUUUCGGCUGAGGAGGUUACUUCUGCAGACGCUACUACCGCAUCUACUAGUGCUGCUAUUACCACUUCCUCUUCUUCUUCUUCCGCCUCUUCUUCUUCCGCCUCUUCUUCUUCCAUCUCUUCUUCUUCCAUCUCUUCUUCUUCCGCCUCCUCUUCUUCCACCUCUUCCAGUGAUAGCAGUGGUUCAUCUUCUAGCUGGAGUAGACACUCUUAUUAUACCCCAGGCUCCACUGAUAACUGUACUUUCAUGAACUAUUAUGGUGGUAGCGGCAGUGGUACUUGGUCUUCCUGUUUUGGCGAUUCUAUUUCGUUCGCUAAUUCCGAUGCAUCAGGUGGUGCCUCAUCUGCAACUGCUUUGGAAGAAGUCACUAUUUCCAGUGAUGUUGAAUAUAUGAUAUUCAGUGGCGAUGCUUGUAAUGGUAAUGAUUGUGGCUAUUAUAGGUCCGGUAUUCCGGCUUAUCAUGGUUUCUAUGGCGCCGACAAAAUGUUUGUUUUUGAAUUUGAAAUGCCACAUGAUAGCAGCUCUUCUUCCUCGACCUAUAACUACGAUAUGCCAGCUAUUUGGUUAUUAAAUGCCAAGAUUCCAAGAACUUUGCAAUAUGGUAACAGUGACUGUUCUUGUUGGAAAACAGGUUGUGGUGAAUUAGACCUGCUUGAAAUUUUAACCAGUGGGAGUGAAAAGUUAAUUGCUCAUUUGCAUGACGGACAAGGAGAUAAUGGUGGCACUAGUGGUGGUGGUGGUUCUCAAGAUUACUUUGUCAGACCAACUAGUGGCACUAUGAAGGUUGCUGUCAUUUUUGACAGUAGUGAUAGCAGCAUUCACGUUGUUCAACUAGAUAGUAGUGCUGAUUUUGAUUCUAGUUUAGAUGCUUCUACUGUUUCGUCUUGGUUAGAGCAAUCUGGAUCUACUGCUGCUUUGAGUUAG